UAUAGAGCGAGAAAAGAUCCGCCCUCUUUUGGAUUCAGAUCUGGCCUUUUAGAGAUCUUUUCAUACUUUAAAAUACCAUUUCUGUUCGAAUGGUGUAUAAUGACAUGUUACUAAUCUUCAAAAACAUUUUUAAAACUUAUGAAAAAUACCGGAAAAAGGAGGACCUUGAGCUUUUUUCACUACCUGUUUUUUUUUUUACCUUUGGUUCCUUAUGACUUCUUCGAAAAGAAGGCAGUGUAGAAAUUCUAUGUGCUCCGAAGCCUCGGGAUCUGUCAGCAGCGAGUCAUGACUCUGAGCUCAGAGAUGUCCGAUGCCUCCAUCAUUUCGGAAGAAACUGAUAUAGAUGUGGUCGGCGAGGGAGAGGAUGGGGACAGCCAGAGACGGUCCUAUGUGGACGAAGUGGCUCAGAUGCAUGACGAUAUCCUUUUGGCCGAAUCCCCGCAAUGCGUGGAUAGCCCUUCAUCUCGGGACCCAUACAAGCCAGCUAGCAAAAAUACCUUAGUUAAACCCCCUUACUCCUACAUUGCCUUAAUUACAAUGGCUAUACUCCAAAGCCCAAAAAAGAGACUCACGCUGAGCGAGAUCUGCGAUUUUAUCAGCAACCGCUUCCCUUAUUACAGGGAGAAGUUCCCGGCUUGGCAGAACUCUAUCAGGCACAACUUGUCCUUAAACGACUGCUUCGUAAAGAUACCCAGGGAGCCCGGGAACCCCGGAAAGGGCAACUAUUGGACAUUGGACCCGGAAUCCGCAGACAUGUUUGACAACGGCAGCUUUUUGAGGAGGAGGAAACGCUUUAAACGACAGCAAACACCAGACCUGCUUAGGGAUCACGGCAGUUUUAUCCCGGCUGCUGCAUAUGGCUUUGGACCCUACGGCUGCGGAUAUGGGAUUCAGCUACAGCCCUACCACACACAUUCAGCGCUAUUCGCAUUUCAGCAGCAGCAGUCCAGACACUCGCAUACGGGAACUAUUAUCUCCGCACCUUCCUUAAUGCCAACAACCACUGACCUGUCAAGGACUCGUUUCUACCCCCAGCUCAGCCCAAACCUUCCUUCUUCAUUACAGACUGCUACCAAAUCAAGCUCUCCCGCACAGCGGUCCCCCUUUUCCAUUGAGAGUAUCAUAGGGGGAUCCCUGAGUCCAGCGACUAACUGCGCCUCUCGGACCUCUGCAGUCGCACCAGUCUUACCCUCGUCUCUCACACCCCAGCCAGCUCUUCCGAGCGUGCACCGAGGGACUGCCUUACACACCGUUGAGAACUUUCCUAACAGGAUUUCCAAUGGUACUAGUGGCUGUUAAUUGUAAACAAACAAAAAAGUUUUAAAAACAAAACAAACGCUCCUCGUUGAAGGUAGGAUUAUUUUUGUACGUUUUUGUUACAUGCAGCUGAAUUACGGACAUUUUAAAAAGAAUUCGUGCCUAAAUUCAUGCUGUGAAAUAUAUUAAUAUACAUUUAUGUAUGCAUUUUUAGUGUAAAUCAAUCUCCCCACAUUUUUUAACUCCAUCUGUACCUAAUAAGAAGUGAUCCGUAUAAAUCACCGUGUAGGGAUUCUCAGGAUCAGGAGACGGCUAACAGAGCUUAAGGAAUGAGUUGUGUCACGUGUCUAAAAGUCCUGUUUCACUUUUGUGUCAAAUCAUUUUUUCUAGGGUGAAGAGAAUGAAACAUGUUUGUUUUUAUUAUUGUUUGAAUUCGUGAUUUUGUAUUGAAAAGACACUAUAAAGUGAAAGUUAUAAGUUUAUAUGCAGUGUGUACUUUUCCAAUAAUAAAACAUUGUAAAAUUCUUGGCGAAUAUUGUACUAACGGAGUGUGAUAUUUUUACACAUUUUGCCAUCAAAAUAAAUAUUGUUUUAAACAA